AUGUUUCCUUGGUCUGCUGUUUUCUCCCUUGAGCCCAAAGUUCCCGGCCAGCGCACCUCUGAGGAGUUAGUAACCAAUACUCUGAUGUUGGAGUUGGGGGCCAUGGUGAAGCGAACUGAACGCAUCCGUUUGGAAAGGGCAACAGAGGGUCGACGCCGCCGUCGCAGCUCCUCCUCCACAGCUGACUACAGCUGGUUGGCCACCGCACCGACCCCACAGCCCUACGAGCUGACACCCAACGACCUGCUGGAGCUGCAGGACCUGUGUGCCAAGAUCCCUCCUGCACAGUGUGGCCCUUUGAUCGUCAGAUUCAGGAGGCUGGUGUCACAGAUGGAGCCGGAUGUUCAUGAGGUUCCCCGGUUGUUUCGCUCGGUGCUACACGAGUUCAUGGACGAGAUGAACGGAAACGAAGAAAUGCCAACACAGGAGCCCAUCUUUGAGAAGCAGCAACGCAGCAAAAGCCUCUCUUUUGUUACUUUCCGCACCAAGUUCCGCACAGGUCAGUUCUUCAAAGGCAGCAGCAUCCGAGGCUCCAGGGGGAACCUGCAGCAGCAGGUGGAUUGGUCCGACGAGGAGGAGGACGGAGAAGGGGAGGAGGAGGCCAUCAAGGCCCGGGCCAGGAAGGGAAGGAGCAGGAGCAUGCCGGACAUUAGCCCUAUGGAGCAGAGCGCCCAGGGGUGAGAGAGGAGGGAGAGGAGGAGCACCUGGAGGGGCUGGGGAAUUAUGGAGUAAGAGAAUAUGGGAAACUGAGCACAAAAUAGAGAUGAGACAGCAUAAAUAAAGGAAGGAGAGAAAAAACAGGGAACGUUGAGGAAGAAGGGAGAAUUCAGUGAAAAUGGGACAGAAUAAAUUUGAAAAACACCAAUAAGUUCUCUUGUUUUUACUCA